UUUCUCCAAUAUCGGAAGAGAAAGGUACCAUGACUAAAUGCGUGGAUAGUGGAGAGUUGGCCGGUAGCGCUGAUAGACGUUCAUCUGGACGUAUUGUUGGCAGAGAACGGGAAAUAAUUCCAACCAGCAACACAUCCGUUCAAACACCUCUUAUGUCCCGUCGCACUAAGCCCGACCCAACACCGCAGACUCCUUCAGGGUCGAGUAGUGGACUUAAAGCUCGCCGUCAGCAGCAGCCCUCUAUUCCACGAAGUCCAAGGACAAGUAUGAUCGGUAUGGGUGGGCGUGGUGCACAGCUGAUCAAUUUGAUCCGCAACCAACAAACCGAUCAAUCUCCAAAACCGAACACUCCUCCCCAAAAUGCAUCGACACCGAAGGGAGGCCAAUCAUCAGCAACUGCAAACCGUCUCAUGAUGCGCAAGAGAGCCAUUGUAGGGAGUGCCGCUUCUUCAGCACCUGUUGAUGACAGCCCAGCCUUAGAAACGUUGAAAGAAAGAGAGGAAAUGAGUCAUAAUAAUCCAUCUCAGUACUUGGUUUUCUCGAAAGUACUUCCUUCACCACAAGCAUCGCCAGCAGGUAGCAUACUGAAACGUAGGCACAACCAAGAUGAGAGUGGUGAUGAUAUUGAUUCACCGAUUAACAAGCGAAAACGCGUAAGCUUUCACGAUCCUCCUGUAUCUCUUACCAAGGAAUACAUUCGACAAGUGGAAGAGUGUCGUCCAGCAUCAGUGAGUCGCAGUCUGCAACUAAACAGCAACAUUAUGUCGUCAGCUGAUAGGGCAAAGUUUCUGAUGAGACGUAAAAGCAAAUCAGAUAGCAUUUCAGAACUGCAAAACUUUACCAACGAGCAGACAAAUGCAGCAAAGAAAAUGGAUGCCGCGAUCUCAGAGAAUGCACCGAAUGACGAGAAUAUGGAAGGUGAGGAAGAGGAGCUAACAUCUUCACCGGAAUCGUUGGAUGAGCACGAGUUCAUGAUGCACGAUGGUACGAAUAAUAUGACCGCGCUGCAGGUCUCCUCUGACUGUAUGGAUGUGGAUGGAAAUGAAAACAAAUCUAAUUCGAAAUCAAAAAUAGACGAUGGAAAAGAACAGAAAACAUUAGAUCCAUUAAACAAGCAGCAAGGAUUCUCGGAAAUUUUAGAAAAAUCUAAUGAAACACAGAGUAAACACAUUUUCCUUUCUGAGGAUGCCGUUUUGGAGCAUGUGAUGAACCGUUACUCACUGGAUGAUAUGUUUGAGCGCUACAUUGCGGCUGGAAAAACGUUGGAAAAAACAAAGACAAUUCGAAGCUUAACGAAGGAACUUUCGUCAAAAAUGUCGGAUGAUUCAAAAACCCGUGACAUAGUGCUGGAUGAGCUAUCCGAGCGACAUUCGGUAGAAUUCCUGGACCAUGCCAUACAGGAAAAUUCCAACGCGAAAGUUUGUGAACGUUUAUCAACCUUGGCGAUGAUGGAUCAUGUAUUCAAGCAGUUGCAUACUGCGUUCAACGCACCGUCGGGUGAUAAAACUCCCGCUGGUCCACAGAACGAAAAAGAAGAAACAAUUCGGUUAAUAGAGAACAUUUACGAAAAUCUAUUAAGCUUGCCCAUCAUUGAAACAGAUAGCCCAAAGUUAAUUGAUCUUCGGGAGCAGUUGUUGAAACAAGGACUUGCGCGUAAAAGUCGUUUGGAGAUCAUGGCAUUGUUAGAAAAUUACUUCAAAUCUUCCUCUUUAGAGUGAUCGUUGCAGCCUUCAUUUAAGUAUUUUGACAACAAUCGCUGCUGUGCGUGUUGAA